AUGCAUCUUCUUCAACCAGAAGUUCAACUAGAUAUAUUUAAAUAUCUCAAUUUCAAGCAAUUAUUAAAUAUUCAACAAACAAAUCGUUUUUAUAAAAAUUUUAUUAAUGAAUAUGAGGAGAAAUUGGCACGGAAGAAAUCCCAUGGACUCACAGCUGAUUGUAUAAGCUGUUUAGAUUAUUAUAAUUUAUAUACACCUGAACCCAAACUUUAUGACUUUCAAAUAAGUGAAGAACUCGAGAAAAAGUGGAAAUGUGGAAUAGAAGAAUCAAUUCCUAUGUUUUUAUAUCAAGACAAUAUAAAUAUAAAUAUUAUCGCUUUUGAAAUAAAAGAAAGCACUGAUUUAGAACCAGGUUAA